UCAGAUGUGAGAGAGACAUGCAAGAUACCGAAUAAUGCCAAUGUCCUGAUGGCCAGCUUACACAUUUCAGGCCACAGCUGGCUUGGAGAGGGGAUUCUAGGCAGGAAAAUGGAGCCAGAAGAACGUGGAACCGUGGAAGACCAUCCUAGCUUGCAGUGGUGCGAGAUUGAUGCGCCAAUGGACAAGUGAACAUCAAUCUUCACACAGAACAGAAGGAGCUUGGUGAAUAUCUUUCAGGAGAGGGCCGAGACCUGCAGCCUCCAAACCCGUCGUAUCUCCAAUUUGUUGAUACGGCGGACAAAGUGUCUCAACCCAACUCGCACUAGGAGAACCUUUUGAUUCAAACAUUUUGCAUCGAUUGUGUUUUCCUGCUUGAAUGUAGACUCUCAGACUUAGAAGUCAUAUCAGGAAGUCCCUGAUUAUGAUCAUGCUCUGAGGCUAUAUCAUGCUAUAGCCUAGCCUCCGACUGGAGUAGCUCACAGCCCAUGGAAGAGAUCUCUCGGUGCAGUCUACUUGCAACCGAAUGAGUUGCUUCCGAAGGCAGGAGUCAAAUCCCGAACGAGCACACAGGUCUCUGUGACUCGUGGGAUUUCUCCCGACGCAUUUAUGUGCUGAUCUCAAUUCCACUUUGCUUCAAACUUCACAGGGAAAGCAAGAUGAAUAUCUGGAACUGGCCCACAAUGAUGAAGGCUAGACUGGGUUCAAGAACUGUCAACAUUCUGCAGAUUCUUCUGCUCUGCACAGUGGGGUCCGUGGUUCUCCUCAGGGAUUCGAUCGGAGUUGGGAUCGAGCUUACCUUGAACACGGCCUCACCAGUUGAGGCGAAUGUCAUGGAUAAUUUGAUCGGACCGAAGCGCAACAUUGCAUCGGUGGAAGAAAAGAGCGUCCGGGAGCUCGAAUCGGUCGUCGUUGAAGAACAACAACCACCUCCUAGGCAUCCCGAAAAGUCAAGAGCUCCGGUUGUGAUCGAAGAGUCCCCGACUGUAGCCGCUAAUGGUGAGGAAAAGGCGUCGAUCGAAUCGAACAACGUCAAGCCGCAAGAGCAUCAGAAUCCGCCCGUGAAGGACGAGAGAGCGAAGCGGAAGAAGCAGAAGAAGCCGAGGAAGGAAGAGGAGGUGCUGAUUCAAGAAAUUCAGCAGCCUCCGGUAGAUGAUUCCAAUGAGCAGGGAGGGUCAUCCAAUCUCACAGCAUCGGAACCCUUCAGCUUGGGGAAAAAUCCGAAGAACUGGGACCAGCUGCGAUUGGGCUGGCUCGAGAAGUACCCAUUCAUGAGGACGACGCCGAACGGAAAGCCUCGUAUGCUCAUGAUCACGGGUACGCAACCGUGGGCUUGCAAGAAUCCGGGAGGAGAUCAUCUGAUGCUGAAGUCGAUUAAGAACAAAAUCGACUACUGCCGGCAGCAUGACAUCGAGCUGUUCUAUAAUCUCGCCCAUCUGGACAGGGAGAUGUCAUCGUACUGGGCAAAGCUGCCGAUCAUUCGCAAGCUCAUGCUCACUCAUCCCGAGAUCGAAUGGUUUUUCUGGAUGGACGCAGACGCCAUGUUCACAGACAUGCUGUUCGAGAUCCCGAUGGAAACUUACGGAGACUACAAUCUGGUGAUGUGGGGAUACGAUAAAGGAAUUUACACCGAGAGGGCCUGGAUCGCUGUCAACAACGGGGUGUUCUUCUUCCGGAACUGUCAGUGGUCUCUGGAUCUUCUGGAAAUGUGGGCGCCCAUGGGCCCCGAAGGCACGGUCCGCAACGAGUGGGGAAAGCUGUUCACUGAGUUCCUCACCAAGAGGCCAGUGAUGCCAGCCGACGACCAAUCGGCGCUCGUGUACCUGCUGCUCACGAAGCCCGAGCUUCGUGCCAAGGUGAAGCUGGAAUGGGCCUACGAGCUGAGCGGCUACUGGCUCGACUUCGUGUACAAGUUCGAGGAGCUCAUGGUGACCCCGGGCAAUCACCCGGGCCAGGGCGACAAGCGCUGGCCAUUCGUCGUGCACUUCACAGGGUGCCAGCCCUGCUCGGGCAACAACAACCCUGUCUACACCUCGGACACAUGCGCUCAGCAGAUGGAGAGGGCUUUCAACUUCGCCGACAACCAAGUGCUGCAAGCGAUGGGCUUCCAGCACGAGAAUCUCAACUCUUCGUACACGAAGCGCAUCUUCGAGGACACUGAAGAGCCUCUGGAAAACCUCGGCCCCAACACAUGGGCCACUGCCGCAGUUUCCUACGGUGUUUAGGUUCAUUCCCCAGCCAUACAUGCUCGAUCCUCUAGAAUAAGUUUUGUCAGAGGUCUCCGAUUGAGCAAAUAUGUAUAAACGUGUAAUAUAUAGCUCCCUGGUCACUGGUCUUGAAUGACCACCGGUACUGUAAGGACGUGUACACUCAGGAGCGAUCAAUUCAGGCUAUAUAGGGGUGCAUAGCUAUGGACAAGACGAGCUAAAUUCCCGUUAUACAUGCCGAGUAUCGAUUUGCAGCUCACUGGUCGAGUGCGAAACCAUAUAUAUUAACCUUCCAAACAAGUGCAUUUUCUGUGAACGAACUGCACUUCAUUCUUUCUCCUCUUAGGGAGUGAAUUCCACUACAUCUUGGUGAGUAUCGGAGGCCGUGAAUCGUUGCAUUGUAGCACUGACGCUUUCGUUUCGCUAUCUCAGUACGAUGGAUGCGACGAUGCUCAUCUCGUUAUGGAAUUUCUUCUGAUUUCAUGGACUUCCA